AUGCUUGAAUCAAUGCCAGCUCAAUCCCAAUCGUUACGCAAUAAAAAGCUUAUUCAAAUACUACCUGAUGAAGCUGGUGGAACAGCUCAACAGGUAGAAGAUGAACCAUUUUAUCAUGGUUUUAUGUCAAACGAUGAGUGCAAACCAUUACUUGUAAAUCCAGGUGAUUUUCUGGUACGACGAGCAGAAAUUGAUGGUACAAUGCAAUACGUUAUCACUGUUCUUCCGGAAAAUUCAAAUGAAAUAAUAAAUUUUAUUAUCAAAAAAACCCGUCCUAAGCAUCUGUAUUACGUAUACAGAUACGCGUUCAAGACGAUUUCCGAUCUAAUUGCAUAUCACAGUCGUAUGAAGAAACCGUUGAAUAAUGGAAAUAUAUACAUCGUAAAAGGAAUUGCAAGAAGCGAUUGGCAACUUGCUCAUGAACAGAUUGAACGAAAUCGAAAAUUGGGUGAAGGAGCAUUUGGUGAGGUUUGGGAAGGAACGCUUAAUCUUGGUGUAUUUCGCGGUUGCGUACCGGUGGCAAUUAAAACACUUCAUUCCGGAAGCAUUAGCACAGAUGAAAGAAUUAAAUUUCUUCGAGAAGCAAAUUUAAUGCUUAAGCUAAGCCAUCCUAAUAUUAUCAAAUUUUAUGGCGUAGCAACCUUGAAAGAUCCAAUUAUGAUCGUUAUGGAGUUUGCUAGUGGUGGAUCACUUCUUGCUCGUGUACAGAAUAGCAAACGACCGCCCACUGAUGCGGAUAAGCUACGAUAUUGUGCUGGGGCGGCUUCUGGUCUAGCUUAUCUUGAAACAGUACAGAUUAUUCAUCGUGAUAUUGCCGCACGAAAUUGUUUACUGAAUGCGGAUGAUGAGGUUAAAUUAAGCGAUUUUGGAUUGUCAUUGCUUGGAAUCAAAUAUCGUGAAAGGACUAUGAAGAAUGUACCUGUUCGGUGGUUAUCUCCGGAAACACUAAAAUAUGGAUGUUUUUCAUCAAAAACCGAUGUUUGGAGUUUUGGUAUAACAGUUUGGGAAAUAUAUUCGGGCGGUCAGGAACCGUAUACCGAAAUUCAGGAUAACAAGGAGUUACGACGAGGAGUUAUUGAGCAACGGGUGAAGAUAUGCAGUCCACCUGAUAUGCCAGUGAUGAUGCAACAAAUAAUGUUUAGCUGUUUGGCAUAUGAUCCAAAAAAUCGGCCAACAUUUCAGGAAUUGAACGCUAAGUUAUCAACCGUUCGACCUAAUAGUAGUAGUUAUUUCAACCUGUCAUCUAAAAUUAAAGGACUAUUUGGCUUUUAA